AUGUCUGGAGACUCCAAUUCAAAGCCUGUCUUUGUAAAACGGAAGGCCAAGGCAGGCUCUUCAGUAUCCAGAAAACGACUCAAAAUGCAACCCACGUCUUUGGAUGGAUUACCUUGGAGGGCCGUACGUCGUCCCAGUGAGACGGGUCUUGAUGGUGAUGAUGGAAUACUGGAACUAGAAGAAGCGGAAAAUGUCGAAGUGGUGUACGAGGAUACAGAAGGAGGGAGAGUCAUGAAGUUCAAUGUUCUUGAACUAUCGAAAAAGACAACAAAGGCUACUGGAUCCUCUGGACCUGAGGCAGAUGUGACAUCUUCUGCCAGCUUGGAACUGUUAAAUCCUCCAGUGUCGUUCGACUCCGAGUCUUUGCUACCCAAUUGGCAUGCUUUUUGUAUACAUUCACAUCUUUUACAAGUUCUUCAUUCGCAAGGAUUCGCUACACCCACCCCAAUACAAGCUAAGUCACUGCCAAUAGCCUUGAACGGGCGGGAUAUUGUUGGAGUGGCAGAAACCGGAUCCGGAAAGACGCUUGCAUAUGGCCUUCCCAUCCUCCACAGUAUCUUAUCAUGUCCCCGGCUGCAAAGGACUAAGCGGACACUCCAGGCGCUUAUCUUAGCUCCCACCCGUGAACUAGCCCUACAAGUCUCUGAUCAUCUCAACGUGUUCGCACGAGUUAUUGAUACGAAGGCCGAACAAGAUGUUGAUCUCAGAAACACCGAGGCUAAGAAAAAGCAGCACAAAAAUAUUACUCCGCCCCUCGUCAGCAUCGCUGCCAUAGUCGGCGGAAUGUCGGCGCAAAAACAGCGGCGUAUAAUUGACCGGGGUGUCGACGUGUUGGUAGCGACGCCAGGUCGACUUUGGGACAUUCUAGAGGAGGAUGAGGAACUAGCAAGACAAAUCAGCCAGCUGAGAUUCUUAGUGCUGGAUGAGGCUGAUCGCAUGGUCGAAGCGGGACAUUUUGCUGAAAUGGACAACAUCUUGCGGCUCACAAUUCGAAAAUCCCAAGAAGAUGAAAUUGAACCCCCUGAAGCACCAGUUGAUUCUCUCGAUGCUCAUAAAGGUGCAGAGAACACUGAGGCUGUGGAUGCAUUGCAAACCUUCGUAUUCUCUGCUACUCUCAGCAAAGAUCUCCAGAAGAAUCUGAAACGAAAUUAUCACCGGAAGGGCUAUAAAAAGUCGUCCAAAUUGGCUAGCACACUGGAUGACCUUCUUCUGCGCCUUGAUUUUCGCGACCCGGAUCCAGCUAUAAUUGACAUCAGCCCCGAGGGAGGCGUUGUCUCCACACUCAAGGAGAGCAAAAUCGAGUGCCUUUCCACGGAUAAGGAUGUAUACCUGUACUACUUCCUGUUACGGUACCCUGGCCGUUCCCUCGUGUUCUUAUCGUCUAUUGAUGGCAUAAGGCGUCUCACUCCACUGAUGGAACUUCUGAACCUCAAGGCCUUUCCUCUCCAUUCUCAAAUGGAGCAACGCCAGCGCCUCAAAAACCUUGAUCGGUUCAAGGCAGCCACAAAUGCUGUUCUUCUGGCCACAGAUAUUGCUGCCAGGGGUCUUGACAUACCUGCUGUUGACCAUGUUGUUCACUAUCAGACACCACGUUCUGCUGAUGUAUUCGUUCACCGCAAUGGGCGUACCGCUCGUGCGAUGCAAAAAGGUUUUAGUUUGUUGAUGUGUGCCCCCGACGAACGUCGAGUGGUCAGGGCACUACUAGCAAGCCUGGGUCGUAAAGAUACAGAUAUUCCUGAGAUAUCAGUGGAGCUCAGCCUUAUUGAUAAGCUCAAGAACCGUCUCUUGCUCGCUCGACAAAUCGAUUCUCAGCAACACAAAAUAAAAAAGCAGCAUCAUGAGCGGAACUGGCUGAAGGAAACGGCGGAGGCGAUGGAGAUAGAGCUUGAUUCUGAUAUUUUGAGCGACUCCACAGAUGAAAACAACCCAUCAAAGCACAGAAAAAAGAAUAAUGACGCAAAGAUGGCGGGUUUGAAAGCCAAAUUAAAAGAACUCAUGUCCCAGCCCCUCCUUAGCCGAGGUGUCUCGACGAGGUACAUCACCUCUGGAAGCCGACCGAUCGCUGACGACAUCAUAUCGGGAGAUGUUCAUGAAACCAUGCUGGGCCUCAGGAAAUCGGAGGCCGGUGACGACUUAGUUGCCGCCGCCAAGCGAAAGCUAGUGCACAAAAAAGUAUAUGAAGAACCAGAGGAAUGGAACGGCUUCGGUUCAUCAGACACGCUUUGA